CGGCCAUCCGAUGCAAUAAAAAGGGCGUGCAAAUGGUCACUAUCAUGAUCUAAGUUAUAUCAUCAUGGACGGCAUUAGCAGCAUCCCAAGUUCGGACAAAAGUAAAUGCUGCUGUGUUGUUGUUUUCGCUUAUAUCGUUGAUGCGACUGGCUUUCUUUCAACAGUGUUUUGAGUGUGUACAUUCACUGUUUUCCCUCCUUUUUACUGAUUCCACAUUAUAAGUCACUCUAGUUGGUUGUUUCUGUGAGGAUCUAUCGACUUCUCUAGCGUCUAGGUGAGAGAUGUAUUCCAAAAACAAGCUCCUUGUGAAAAUUUAGUUUUUGUCUUAUAUGUAUGUGGAUAUAUUGUGUAUUAUAGGAGCAUGAGCAGGAGGAAGAGGAAGAGAGGGACGCAGCAGAAAUGCAAGGCAUGCGAGAAGACUGUGUACCCCAUGGAUCAGCUCAUGGCCGACGGCAUCACAUACCACAAGUCCUGCUUCAAGUGCACCCAUUGCAAAGGGUCUUUGCAGCUCAGCAAUUUCUCUUCAAUGGAGGGCGUACUCUACUGCAAACCUCAUUUUGAGCAGCUCUUCAAGGAGACAGGGAACUUCAACAAGAGCUUCCAGUCACGUUGA